AACGACGCAAACGCGCUUGUCGUUGUGUAUCACUCAAUCAAUCAAACCAAUAACACAGUGUCCGUUAGUAGAAAAACACCACGGUGACUGUUUUUUUUUCACCCUGUUACUGUUCAACUUUCCACACCGUUCUCUUUCACAGCUACGGAAGCCGAUGGUGACGCGGCUAGCAAGGCAAGCUAGGAGUUAGCAGACUGGAGCUACUAGCUACACAAACAUCAACAAACACAUAGACUUACACACGCAAAUUCAGCAAACGCCUAAUGGCUGCCAGGUGAACGUCCAGUUGUUGCUGUAAAAGUUUACUAUCCCAAGAAGAGAAGCAAAGAGUGGACAUAUUUGACGGGCCCGCCUUUCCCGACAGCGGUGGAAGCAGUGGGGAGUCACAUGACUGCUCAUCGCCGAGGAAUAUGAGUCAUGACCUCAGUGGUUCUAGUUGACUCUGGUGGGACUGUGGUGGAGUAUGUCACAGCCGUGGAAGACCCCCACCAGCAGGAGGGUGAGUGUGAUGCGGACCUAGAACAAGAGGGACAAGUGGAGGACGAGGGUGAAGUUGAGGACGCCUAUGAAGAGGCGGAGCAUGGAAGAGAGGAUGAAAACUUCCCAGCCAUCAUUGUGGAGGAGGUGCCUGGUGCUGGCUUAGCUGAAGCGGUGUCGUACGAUGACGAAGCCAACGCCAUCCAGGAAGUUGGAAAUGAGCAGGAUGUGGAGUCAGAAAAGGGGGCAGUGGAGGCUUCUGUCCAAAGCGCCAAUGUGCACUGCUCUGACAAGACCAUUGAGGCUGCAGAGGCUCUCCUCCACAUGGACUCACCAUCCAGUGUCAGAGAAGACUGCAGCCCAGAAGCUUUUGUCCCACCGUACGUAGCAACGCCAGACUUUCUCCAUGCCGCCAUGCGUCCUGACAUUGCAGAGACUGAGGUGGAGAUCUCGACAGAGGACUGCUGCGGGGACGAUGACGAUGACGAAGAUGAGGAUGAAGACAUAGGAACCCUGUUAGAGGAGCCGGAGCCAGAACGUAGCCAUGAGCCUGUCAAAAAGAGGAGAGCUGGACGGAAAUUAAAACCAAACCAGUCCUCUUACUCAGCCGAUAUUGGCAUCAGGAAGAAAACCAGAGAGGGGAAAGGGAGCACCAUCUACUUAUGGGAGUUCCUGUUGGACCUCCUGCAGGACAAGAACACCUGUCCUAGGUACAUCAAGUGGACCCAGAGGGAGAAGGGCAUCUUUAAGCUGGUGGACUCAAAGGCCGUGUCAAAGCUGUGGGGAAAACACAAGAACAAGCCAGACAUGAACUACGAGACCAUGGGACGGGCUCUGAGAUAUUACUACCAACGUGGCAUCCUGGCCAAAGUUGAGGGCCAACGGCUGGUCUAUCAGUUCAAAGAAAUGCCCAAAAACAUAGUCAUAAUUGACGAGGACAAGGCAGACAUGUCCACCGCCGAUGACCCGAUGGAGACCGCCGCGUCCUACGAGCGCAUCCCACAGCCGUCGGAUGUGCUGCUCAAGGCGUCCGACCUGUCCCCCAGAAAGCCCAACAUCCUGCGAGGCGGGAACCGAGGCAGCUUGGUUCAGUCGUCUGCCGCCGUCUGCACCAAGACGGCGCCGGUCAGCGCCUCACGGACCGCAUCGGGAGACGGCAGGAAUCAGCAGGCGGCGGUCGUUUCCAGCGCUUCGGGGCCCAGGACGGUGCGGGUCGCCAUGCAGGUGCCGGUCGUCAUGACUUCGUUAGGGCAAAAGAUUUCUACGGUUGCUCUGCAGCAGCCAGCGGUAAGAUCAGGAGCAGCCGGUCAUGCCGCCCUUCUGUCCAGCACCGCUGCUGGAGGCACCAACUCCCAACAGAAGGUUGUCAUCCAGACCAUCCCCACCAUGGUCCCGGCCACAGCAGAGAACGGAGAGAAGAUCACGGUCCAGCUGGCCAAGAUCAUCACAAUCCCCGCCCAUCAGUUGGCUCAGUGUCAGCUUCAGACCCCCGCAGACGCCAAGUCCGGCGUCGGGGGUUCAACACCGGGAAUCGGCCUCCUCGGAAGCCCCCUGACGGUCCAGACCCUCACUCCGGUCAGCAUGGCCUCGGGGGCGCAGGUGAUGAGACUGUCCGUGCCGACUCAGGCCCAAGCGCAGACUCUGGUGGUGUCUGGGAGCGCCAGCAGCGGGGCGGUCACCGUGUCGACGGCCAAUCGGGCCGCGGCAUCACAGCCUCGCAUCAUCGGGGGCGUUUUCAACGGCUCUGAGCUGGUGGUGGGAGGCGACAAGGCCAAGGCCGCCGGUGUUCAGGUACAAGCUGUUCAAAUGGCGGUGGCGGUCCAACAGAACCUGGCCCCACCCCAAAGGGACCCUGAUGCGCGAAGCAAACUGGAAACACCCGUCACAAUAAAGACUGAAGAUCCCGAGUGUUGAUCUGCCAAUCAUUCUCCAAUCAAGCGGGUCAUAAAAUCAUGUUGUUAUUCUUGAUACCAGCAGACUUGGUUUUUGUAGUCUAAAACUUCUUCCACAUAGCCUGGAAGCCUCAACAUAGGAAGACAGACUUGAAUGGGACCAGCCCAGAUCCGCCACCGAUCUGCCCGGAUCGAACAAUACUCUCAUUUUUUAAUGAACACUGACACACUACAACUAAUUAGAAAAGUCAGCGGAAGCUAACCCAGCCAACGCACGUAAGACGAUUGUUCAACCAGCAGUUUUUUUUUUACUUCAGUCUCUGUUCCAACGUGUGGUGCUACAUGGGGGUCUGAAAGAGUGGGGGUGUGUUUCAAACACAUACAUGUACAUACAUAUACAGUAUAUGUUAUACAUGUAUAUGUAUACAGACGUGCUAAAAGUGGGUAUACACUUUAAAAAAUGUUUCAUUUUAUUACAAUUACAUGGUCGAGCAAAUAACCACCAGGGUCUCUUUAAUUUGUGCCAAAUUAAAAAAAAAAAACAUUGGUCUUGACAGCUGUGGCUGUAGGCAACCUCCAUGUAUUUAAAAAAAAUGUCAGUCGCUGCAAUAGAAGUAUCAUAGCGAGUGGUCAGCAUCCAGCAGCAGCAUCUCGUCACACGUGCUUUAAAAGUGUUAUUGAUCAUUAAUACUUGCAAUAAAUGUGAUCAAAUGAAAGAUUCCAAAGUGUAUCCCUACAAAAGGCACGCCUGCGUGUAGAUUACUGUAUGUAUAUACUGAAUAUGUAUGUGUGUAUAUAUGUAUUUACUGGUUUACAGAGCAGCCUUACAUGUGGCGUCUCAACUGUAAGCUGAGCUGAAGUUUAGACUUUGUCGUUUUCCUAACUUUACCAAGCACAGUAUUAUGGGGGGGUGGGGGUGGGGGGGGCUAAUUGACGUGAGCUUUCUGUGCUGCCUCGGCUUGGCACGCCUACCACAGAGACCACCAUCAUGUAUGCACAAGCUACGCUGCCACCUGUGAGGAAAGUUAAGUCGUAUUGCGUUGUAGCGUUUGAGUUCCUGAAUAAAAAGUCUUUUUUUUUUUUUUAUAAUCAAGAAUACAAAUUUCAACUUCUCAAAAUUACAUUUUUAACAGAUGUUAUCUGUAGGGAAGCCUGCAGGCCUCAUUGAGUUAGCUGUCCUUGGCAGAAUGUUGAUAGGAUUUCUUUUCUAAUGUAACAAAUAUGUAUAUAACCUAAUCAUUUUAUUUUAUUUUUUGGCAAAAUGUAUCAAAAUACUGAAUGCAAUGUCAGUCUUAGUCUCUGGUCAUUUGAAAAGGUCAUUUUUUGUCAUGUUGGCGCUCGCCCCACAUUUCAUUUUUUUUAAUCUAAAGAGGGAAAAUACAGAAGUUUGUGUUCAGACUGAACUGUUUGUAUAUUCAACAUUUGAAGUAUAUUAUAUUUUGUUGUACUCUUGUUUCAAAGUGUAUUAAAGUAGAUUUUACUCAAGCAUAAAACAUUUGAAACUUG